UGGACACCAAAGGGCCCUUAAAGUGAGAUGACAAAAUCCCAUCCCGGCUUUAGAAAAAAGUCGCACAGUUCGUGAAGAUCCUCAGUAACCCGACCUUCAUCUCUCUUCGCAUAUUUUCUGGUUCUGUGAGGGCUAAGUGGAAUACGAAAUGGCAUCUUCAAAACCCCUAGUGGAAAUUUUGCAACCUGCGAAGCGCCUCAAACUCUCCUCCACCCCAUCGGAUAUUUCAAAACCUAUUCAAAACGUUUCAUUGCUCUCCAAAUCACUCAGCACCUCCAUUCCUGACUCCGAACUCACCUCCGACCAAAAACAGCGCAUCGAGUUCAACAAAUUUCUUGCAAAAUCCAAAAGAAAUCUCAACGUUUGCUCCCAAAGAGUUUCCAAAUCUAAGGGAGAAGGCCUUAGUUAUGUGAAAUUGGAAGAGCUUUUGGUUGAGGAGACUUGGUUGGAGGCGCUUCCUGGAGAGUUACAGAAGCCUUAUGCUAAAAGUUUAUGUGAAUUUGUUGGAAAGGAGAUAUGUAGUGGUUCUGUGCCGAUAUACCCCCCUCAGCACUUAAUCUUUAAUGCUUUUAACUCCACUCCUUUUGACAGAGUGAAAACUGUUAUCAUCGGACAGGACCCUUAUCAUGGACCUGGUCAAGCAAUGGGUCUAUCAUUUUCUGUGCCAAAAGGAGUGAAAGUCCCUUCAAGUUUGGUAAAUAUAUUCAAGGAACUUCAUCACGACCUUGGUUGUUCUAUUCCAUCUCAUGGAAACCUAGAAAAAUGGGCUGUACAGGGUGUUCUGCUGCUCAACACUGUUCUUACGGUUAGGAAUCAUCAAGCUAAUUCUCAUGCCAAUAAAGGAUGGGAGCAAUUCACCGAUGCUGUUAUUAAAACAAUUUCAGAAAAGAAGAAAGGAGUCGUUUUUCUCCUCUGGGGAAACUCAGCUCAAGCAAAAUCCAGGAUGAUUAAUGAGACAAAACAUCACAUUCUCAAAGCGGCACAUCCCUCUGGUUUGUCUGCAAAUAGAGGCUUCUUUGGCUGCAGUACUUUGACGAAGGCUUCUCUAAAUGACGACGAUGGUUUCUUGGCUAGAAUUCUAUCGUGGACUUCAUCCAACUUGUCAUUUGGUCCAACAAGAUAUUCAUAAAGUCAUUCCUUCUCAAGACAUUUUUCUCGCACAAACCAGCUUUUAGAGAAAAUGGGAAUCCCCCACAUUGAUUGGCAACUUUGAUUGAAAGGAACAACGGCUUAUAAUAUUGACUUUUGUGAAGGAGCGAAUCGACAUCCCACUUGAUUUUGCGCUCGAAAUUUUCUGAUGGGCACUUUGUGCAUGGCCUAAUUUUAGAGGUAGAAUAGUAAAAUGUUUGUAUCGUAUCCUGGUUUCUAUCUUCCAUUUUAAGCCAGUUCAUGUAGGUUUGGAAUUGCUUUGGGCUUCUUUGUAAUACCAUCUGAAGAGAACAAAACCUUGGAAGAAUUAUUGAAUGGGAAUGAUUUUGUCUUGUAUAAAGCUAUGUUAAUAUUGGCA